AUGGGAGCGUCGGAUACGGCUGCAGUAGCAGCCCCUGCAUACAACAAGAACAUCGAACGUCUGCGAGAGACCGAGUAUCCUACCCUACGGGAUAACAUAUAUCUGGACCACGCUGGAUCCACAGUAUACGCACAAUCACUUAUCCAGUCAUACGCGGUAGACCUGCAGAGCAACUUGUACGGGAACCCUCAUUCGGACAACACUCCAUCUCGCAUGUCCGGUGCCCACGUUGAUGCGAUUCGCGAGCAGCUUCUUCGCUUCUUCGGGGCAGGCCCUGACGAGUUCGACCUUGUUUUCACAGCCAACACGACCGCCUCAAUUAAACUAGUUGGCGAGUGCUUGUCCAACUAUACUCGGCCUCGUGGAAUGUCCCCUUUGGGCAAGCGGGGAUUCAAGUACGUUUACCACCAGGAUUCUCACACAAGUCUAGUCGGACUGCGUGAGAUAGCGACUGGCGGGAGUAUGUGCCUGGCAAGCGAUGCAGUGGAGAAAUGGAUUGACCAAGGACAUGGUUCACGACGCAAUGCCACACUCUUCGCGUAUCCCGGACAGAGCAAUAUGACUGGGCGCAGAAUGCCACGGUCAUGGCCCCGUAGGAUCCGUCAGAAUUUUAGAAAUACAUACGUUCUCUGGGAUGCUGCCGCGAUUGCCUCUACCUCUCCGCUAGACCUCUCAGACGCCGAAUCCGCCCCCGACUUCACCGCAGUCUCGCUAUACAAGAUACUUGGAUAUCCGGAUGUCGGAUGCUUGAUUGUGCGCAAGGCAGCGGCCAGCAUCCUCCAGCAGCGCCGGUACUUCGGUGGCGGCACGGUCGAUAUGGUCAUCAACUCCCCCUCAGCCCGAGUCCCCUCCUGGCAUGCAACCAAGACCGAGUCAAUCCAUGACGCAUUAGAAGACGGAACACUACCCUUCCACUCAAUUGCAGCAAUUCCGCAUGCCAUCGAAACACACAAAAAACUAUUCGGGAGAAUGAGCGAUAUCUCAUCCCACUGCGCAUUCCUCGUCGCGGACCUAUACCAAAAACUGCUAUCGUUGCGGCACUCAAACAACGGCCCCCUCUGCCGGAUCUACACCGGCUCAGAGAAACAAAACUUCGGAGAUCCAAAUCUGCAAGGGCCCACCAUCGCCCUCUCCGUGCUCGACCCAUCGGGAAAUAUCCACGGGUACGCAGACGUCGAGCGCCACGCAGACAAGGAGAGAAUCUACCUCCGCAGCGGGAGCGUGUGUAAUCCCGGGGGCAUGGCAUAUCUGGGCUGGGUGCGGAUGGAAGAUAUGAAAGCGGCCUGGGGGGCGGGACACCGCUGCUCCGACCCCAUCCAAGAGGUUUAUGGACAGGCGACGGGUAUUGUACGGGUUAGUCUUGGGGCGAUGAGCACGAUGGCUGAUGUUGAUGGGUUUGUGGAGUGGUUGGGGCGGAGUUAUCUUGAUCGAGAUAUUAGGUUGUCGUGCUCGGAGAAAGGGGAGAGGUCGCAGUGUUCUCUUGACAUGGCGAAGGCAAGUAUGAGAACUGGUAAGCAGGGGAGAUUGUGGGAAAGAAUGGUGAAGAGUAUUGGUUUGAUGUUUUGUCAACGUGCAUGUUGA